AUUCCCAGCGGGUAUCAGUCAACCUGCAGCCAGGUAGGGGUCUGGCCCCGUUGACCUCAGUGGAGCAAUGGCAAUGGAUGCUAGCUGAGACCCUGGCCUAGAAAAAUUCUUCUCAUGAGGUCAGAAGGCUGAAUUCACACAGAUCUGCCUCCGAGAGUUCGCCUUCGAUGCACAACACCGUGAAUGUUCACCAGCUGCUUCCUUCAAAGCUUAAAUCCUUGUUUGUUGUUAAGGGGCUUUUAGAGGGGCCGUUGUUUAUUUUGUUUAUUUCUAGAGUAACAAAGCUAGGACAGAAAUGAAAACAAGCUUAACUCGCUCAAUUGAAUAAAGCAAGGUGGUUGCUAAACAAAAAUCUUGGGCAAUUUAAAGAACCCGGUUAAGGAAAGAGGUGGAAUUGCAAAAUCUUUGCAGAAAGGGCUUAGGUGUCAGAGUCAACUUCACUGGGUCUGGAAAUUCUCUCUGGGGUCUGGGAUCAAACUGGAACUGCAGCUUUUAGAAGCACUGGGAGCUUUUGUUGUCUUUGAAACUUGAAUCCUGGCCAAAGAAAGGAGGUUUGGCAGCGAGAACACAGCACCAACCUUAUCGAGGGCUCUCUUGGGGAAAGAAAAACAUUGGGGAUUUUUUUUAAAAAGGACUGACUAGAGCACACGCGCGUGUGAGGGGAGCGUACUAUUUGCUAGUGCCGGGACAGACGGGUGGAGACCCACGAGGGGCGUGUAGUGAGCAAACCCUGCCCUGAGCUGCUGUGGGCUUCCCAGCUGCAGGCCUGGGAAAACAGAGCCUUGUUAAUCAGGUGAAAUAAGAGAGGAGGUGGUGUUGGCAGAAACUGUUGCAGCCGGCGUGGAGGCCCCAGCCGAACAUUCCCAUCCUAUCUCCAGCGGUUCAGGACGGCUGGAUUCAGCAGGGAUCAUUGACCCUGCAUGUUCCUAGUGAUCCUAAAAUCCAAGGCCACCCUGCUUGACCAGCUUGUUUAUCUGCCGCCCUACCGAGGCGUUUCUAAGGCUGCCCGUCACUGCGGUCUCCGGCCGCCUGCCCUGCAUUGGAUCCUUCCUCCGCCAUGUAUAGCCAGAAGCCCUACGACAGCCCGCCCACCGGCUACGGCCCCCCCGGCGACGGCUACGGCUACGACAUCCACUCCCCCGCCCCGGGCUCCUUCUACAUUGAGGACGUGCCGCAGUAUUUUUACAAGUGGAACUCUCCGCCUGGCGUGGUGAGGAUCCUGGAGGCCCUGGUCGUCCUGCUCUGCAUCACCAUCUUCGCCUGCGUGGCCUCUACGCUGGCCUGGGAAUACAGCUACGGCUACGGGGGCAUGUACGGGAGCGGGCUAGGGAGCUACUACGGGUCUGGCUAUUAUGGCGGAGGGAUGGGCUACGGGGGCUACGGCGGCUACGGCGGCUACGGCGGCUACUAUGGCGGGAUGACCAACCCGCGGGCAGCCAGCGGCUUCAUGAUCGCCAUGUCCGUAUUGUGCUUCAUCGCACUGCUGGGGUUCUUCGUGGCCAGCGUCACCAAGUCCAGCAGCGCCCGCUCCCGCAGGUUUUACCUGGCGGUCAUCGUGGUGUGCGCCAUCCUGGCCUUUGUCAUGCUCAUCGCCUCCAUCGUCUACAUCAUGGGCGUCAACCCCCGGGCACAAAUGACCGGCAGCUACUACUUCAGCCCCAUGCUGACCAUGUGCAACCAGAUGUACUCCUCCGGUGGAGCCUACAUGAACCAGUACCUCUACCAUUACUGCACCGUGGACCCGCAGGAGGCCAUCGCCAUUGUCUGUGGGUUCUUCAUCGUCAUUCUUCUCUGCGUGAUUUGCUUCUUUGCUCACAAGACGCGUCACAAGAUCUGGAAGUUUGGGAAGCCCAAUAUCUACUGGGACAAGCCACUCGCCUUCCAGGAAGGCCCCAACGUGGAGGAGUGGGUGAAGAACGUUGCAGAGGGGGCUAGCAUGCCCGAUGAGAUGGCCACGCUGGCCUACUCUGAGAAGCCAAUGAGCCCUGUCAACGCCCCGGCCAGCGCCUACGGCUACCCGCGCAAGGAGAACGGCUACUAUGCCCCCGAGGCCUACAACGCCGGAAGCUCUCCUGCCCGUGUGGUCAGCGAUCAGCCUGCCAGGACCUUCAGCACCAGCACCCUGGAGGAGAGGGGGAGGGAGAGCUCCAGCAAGCCCGCCGCCCGGCGUGGGAGGAGAAGAAGGCGCAACCCCGAGCUGGACGAGUCCCAGUACGAGACGGACUACACCACAGCCAUGGAGUCCAGCGACGAGCGGGACAAGGACGAGUGGGGCAGCGUGUACCCCCCAAUCACCUCGGACAGCAUUCGCCAGGAAUACAAGCAGGAGUUCGAUGCUGACCUCAAGCACUACAAGCAGCUGUGCGCCGAGAUGGACGACAUCAACGACCAGUUGAACCAGCUCAGCAAGCAGCUGGACGGCUUGUCGGAGGACAGCCCACAGUACCAGGGAGUCGCCGAGGAAUACAACCGGCUGAAAGAUUUAAAACGGACUCCUGACUAUCAGACAAAGAAAAUGGAGAGCAAAGCUCUGCGGAACAAGCUGUUCCACAUCAAACGCAUGGUGAGCGAUUACGAUAAGAUGAGAGGCUAGCGCAGAAAGCGGAAUCCUUUGGAGGGGGAAGAAAUUCUGUGUGUGGUCAGCCGACUUCCCUCCACGAAGCGCUGCAAGAAUGCCAAAUACCUGGACUAAAAGCAGAUUUCUUUUUGCUUUGUACACUCGUUUCAAAAGCAGAAUCUCUCUCUCUUUGUGCUGUUUCCAAACCGAAACCCGACAGGUCUCAGUGAGCGGGGCAAGAGGGCGCUUUUUAGAACAGAAAUGAAACUCCAAGGAAGUUUGCGCUCUGGUUUGAUUCCGGUGGGCCCUUAUCUUGCAAUGACCUAAGCAGAAAUCCUGGCCCCAUUGAAAUCAGUGACUUCAGUGGGGCUAGGAGAUCAUCCUUGGUGCUUAAGUUUACGCAUGCAAGUCAUGAAUUUAAUAGAACUGAGCAUUAAGCAUGCACCUGCGGUUGCUGCAGCAUCGGCCCUUCGGUUUGUACAUGUGUGCAGAUGUAAAUUUGUAAAUACGUGGGUGUGUAUAUAAAUUAGCCUCCUGUUUUAUAUGAUCAAAGGGUGAGCCUCUCUGUAGCAUGCUCACGUGCUGGUCCCGAUCCUGCAAGCCCUUACUCGCCCAGGUAGUCCCAGUGAGCUCAGUGGGACAUCCCUCGUGAGCGAGGACCCUCGGUGGGUGAAAUUCACCUCUGGGCAGAGGGAUUUGUACAAGGCCUAUGCACCACUGACCCCCCCCCGAGCACAGUAGGUGGAAUGCUGGCCCCAUUGACCUCUGUGGGGAGUGAGCUGUUACUUCAAUAGAGCCCGGAUUUCACUCCUUUCUGGGGACUUUGUGCUGCAUAAGCCUGAUGCUGGAUCCCUGCCCAAGAAAGGCUUGCAGGAUUGGGCCCGUGCUCUCUGGAAAGGCAAUUAGCAAGGACUCCCGCUCCCUCUUAGAUUACUGUCCUCGUUCCCCGCCAUCCCCCGAGUCCCAAUGUGAUUCAAAGCCAGGAGCAUGGGAGAUCCGCAGCUGGAGCUCUGGAACCCAGGCAUGUUUCACACUCCACACCAGCCUGCCGUAAGGAGCCCGUUCUAACCAGCUGAGGGUGACGGCCUGUCGCCCGUUCUAACCAGCUGAGGGUGACGGCCUGUCUCCCACCACAGCAGCUGAGAUGCGUGCAGUCAAGCUGGGUGUAAACGCAGACCCAAGUUCCAGAGAUUGUCCCAGCCCCUCACCUCCUGCCCCAUUCUGCAGACGUGUCUCUUGUGGAGCUGACAACUGAGUUCGGCAGUGGAUGCAUUUCACCGGGAUGAAUAAUACAUAGGGAACUCCUGAGUCACCCAGCGCAGGCAGCUCACACUCCUGACAACUUGACAAGCCAGCAAAAGCCAGGGUUUGGGCGCCCUCCCGCCAGAGCCCAUGCUAGGCGUUCUGUGAGGAGAUUUCACGCUCACAUGGGCAUCCCGGUGCCAAUCUUAGAAUAGCCCCUACAGCUGCCAUGGUUUUAUAGCGCUGGACGGCACGGUGCGAACGUUUGAACGCAAUUUCUUUUAACGCCACCGGCACUUCCUACGCCCGUGUGCUAUUCUGUAGGGAACCGGUUAUGAUGUCUGGGGUUGUUUUUUUUAAUAAACUGUAUCUAUUGGUUUUAAA